AUGAGGGCAAGCAGUGGCUUUCAAGCGCUUUCAUAUACCUUUCUCGCACUUGCACAGCUCAGUCGAGCAAGUGCCUCCCAACACAAUGUCCCAAUCCUUGCGCCCAAACCGCCAAACAUCGACGCGAUCUCUUUCCUUGGUUCCCGAGCACAAGACCAAGACAGCAUCUUCAACGAAGCGGUCAAAAUUCUGGAUUCGAUGAAAUCUUCACCCUCGUGCAACCGAUUAGCAGCGACCAAAUUGGUGAACUCGUGUCAAACAUUCAGCGAUGGCAAAGACGGUAACCAGGCGGAUAGCCUAGAGACGCUUGACCUUCUUCGAUCCGUCUAUGCCGCACGCCUAGCAUUGUGUGAGAUCGACGGUACUGGCACCCCAAUGCCUCCCUCGUGUCUUCCUGUCACUGUAUCGCCGCCUCCACAGAAGAACCGAUUCGGCUUUAUGAGUCGACACAGAGGUUCUGACCCUGACUCGGACGAAGUCCCGAAAGAAUUAUUGGAGCAAUGUCUCAGGACGCUUGAGUCGCGACCACAGUGGUGGACUUCAUACAGCAACAGUCGACAGAAUGCCCUUGUGAUCUGCCAUGCCUCGCGAAUGGAGACGGAAAAAGAGGAGCUUAUUGAGCUGCAUCGAUCCAUUGCCAAGAGCAGUCUCAAGCUUAAUAACGGGCUUCAAGAGGCUUUGCAAAACGCAACUGCACAGUCUGCGCAGCAGUACUCAUUCAUCCAGGCUGUUCAGUCUCUGCAAGAGAAGAUCGUCACCGAUAUGGAGGCGACUGACUCUGUGUUUAAACGAACAUUUGGCAAUUUUCUCCGAGAAAUCGAAGCCGGGAUAUGGUCUCUUCAAGAUUCUAUAUCUGUGGCUUUGUCGAAUGUGCGGACUGGAACAGGGGUCCUCGACAAGGACAUCCGGAACGUAUCGGCCCAAGUGGGAGCCCUUCAACAGGCACUACAAAGUGCACAUCAGGAUGCAAUGGCUAGAAGCCAAGAGACGUUGUUGGUCCAAGAAACCAAUGCUGUCGCUCAGAGGGAUCUUACAUCUUCUUUACACCUGUCACUCGAGUCGCUUCUUGACUCAGAUAUGGAUAGAGUGCACCAAGGCAUGCAGAGGUUUGACGCUGCUAUGGAAUGUUUGACCAGCCGAAUGAACAUGAUCCUUGAGCAAGAAACCAGGAUGACAGAGCGACUUCAAAACAUGGAAACUUUCAUCCAACAAUCCGAAUCGAAAGCAAGCGAGUUACAAAAGGCCCAAAACCAACAAACAGAGGCACUAUCUGCACAAUCGCGAGCCCAGGAGGCUAUUCAAUUUGACGCGCAGGUAUCGCAAGCUUUGCUGGCCAAAACUAGCGUUGCCGCUGCCAAUUUGCAGUCUGUGAUCGACGAUGCAGCUUUCAAGUUCAAGCAUGUCUCGGGGUUCGGUAUCGGAGGAUCCUCCGCGUGGUUUCUCUGUGCCGUUCUGCUCAUCGUCAUCGCCGCCCAGAACCUUAAGAUUGCAAUCUCUUUAUUUUUUCUCAUUUUUGGGCAUUCUGUUGCCCUGAUCAUCUUGAAAUUUCUUUAG